UCAGAAAGGCGGGAAAUUUCAAGGUUACCGCCUCCUACCUCCACAUCUUCCCACCGAAAACCUAAUUGCGCCUUGUAAAAACCCGAAACUCUUUUCAUCUCAGAGCUGAAUCUCUAGAAUUCGUCCCAACCUCUGAUCUUUGCUGCUCUUUUCAAUUUCAGGUAUUUGGAUCUUUUCUUUCAAGAAAGCUUUCUCAAGAUGAUGAUCGAUUUUACCUCGGCAGGCAAGUUGCAAAGCCGGCUUGCAUCUCCGCUACCGGUGGGUAUGAACCCUCGGAUGUCGGCGAGGAUGGGUGAUAUAACAAAGUUUACAAAGACAACCACACAACCUAAUGGCAACACCUCACAAACACCUCAACCUUCAACCUUUGACGCACAAGGCAUGCAACCCAUGCAAUGUUCUAUGAUGGGGAUCAACCCAUCUGCUCUGGGCAUCACUCCUACUGGAUAUCCUCAUUUUGACCCUCUAACUUGGGCGAUGGCUUCAAAUACAAUGAAAGGUCCCUUUAUGCAGUUUUUGCCAGGACCACCAGUUAUGCCAAGAGGUGGAAGUACCUACGGAUCUCCUAUUGCUUCUGCUCCUACAGAUUCAUGUAGAAAUUCUAUGAAGAGUACUAGGAGGGAAAAUGACACUGAAGUGAUGAUGGGGACAUCCGGACACAUACACGGGAUUUUCGCCGAGUUUAUCAGCGAAGGAGACGCCAGGUUGCAGCACUAUGGAUUUGAUUUCAAUUGUAAUAAAUUAGUUUGAAAUUUGAAUUUAUUUUUUGAAUUUCGAAUUUCAUUUGGCAGCUAAUUAGUUAAGUGGUUGUAUUUUGGUUAUGAGAGAGAUUUGAGGGAUUUAGAGGAUUUUCCAAAACUGUAAUUUGCUUUAUUUAA